GAACUGACGGCUCCAGGGUGGGAUUAAAUUACCACUUGCUUCCUUUCCUCACUGUCCUUCCUAUUAGCUCCUAUGAAUUUACAGCUGUAGCAGCUUCCCCUGGCUGAGAGCUGUGAGCAAAUUUCCCAUUAUGGCUCUAGACAAAGUGAAGAGUCUCUUGUCUGAUGCAGGGGUCAAUGUGUGCAUUGUCUCAGCUGUACUUUGUGGUUCAGCCACUGCAAUCGUGGUGGUCAAAUGGGUGAAUCAGAGAUGGGUUCAGAAGAAACUCAAAGAGGCCAAGAGGAGGCGAGAGCUUGGCUUUCAACAAAUGGAGAAGGCAGCAAGACAGUUUAAACAGCAGAACCCAGGAGUGAAAGCUGCUUCAAUUCUAUCUCUUCCUCUUGUGGAACUGGCUGCGAAGUUGAAAGAUGGUUCAUUGUCUCCAGAAAGUGUGCUCUACACCUACAUGGAAAAGGCCUUAGAGGUAACCCGGCAAAUCAACUGCGUGACAGACUUCCUUCCAGAGUGCGAGGAACAGCUCCGGGAAUUGAAAAAAAUGGAGAAAGGAUUGCUGUAUGGAGUCCCUGUCAGUAUCAAGGAAAAUGUGGCUUGCAAGGGGUAUCCCAACACACUUGGCUUGGUGAAAUUUCUAGACUGUCCUGAGCAGGAGGACUCUGUGAUAGUCAAGGUUUUAAAGAAACAAGGGGCAAUUCCAUUUGUGAAGACUAACACGUCACAGGCCAUAUUAAACAUUGACUGUGGCAAUACAGUCUUUGGACAAACCUUGAAUCCUUUCAACCACAAGAAAACAUCUGGAGGUUCCAGUGGAGGUGAAGCAGCCCUCGUUGGAGGAGGAGGGUCCAUUCUUGGGAUUGGGACAGAUGUGGCUGCAAGCAUUCGAGUGCCAUGUGGCUUCUGUGGGAUCUGUGGGUUCAAACCAACUGGCUAUAGGCUGAGCGUCAAAGGUGCUACCACUCCUGUAGCUGGAAUGAACUCAGUCAUCUCUGUGACAGGCCCAAUGGCAAGAGACGUGGACAGUCUGGUUCUGUGCAUGAGGGCCCUCCUGUGUGAUGAAUUAUUUCAUCUGGAUUCAGCUGUACCCCCAUUUCCCUUUAACGAGGAGAUUUACUCUAGCUCCAGGCCCCUCAGGAUUGGCUACUAUGAUGGAGAUGGUUAUUUCCAGCCGUCACCCAGCAUGAGACGAGCUGUGCAGGAAACCCGAAAACUGCUACAGGAAGCAGGGCAUACUCUUAUACCCUUCACUCCUCCUCGGAUUGAUUUUUUGGUGGAUGAGCUCUUCACCAAAGGCCUCUAUGCUGAUGGAUGUUCUACAUUAGUGGAAAAGUUUGCUGGAGAGUUUGUGGAUGCCACUUGGACAAACCAGACACGUUGUUACAGAUUGCCAAAUCUCCUGAAAAGGAUCCUGGCUCUCGUUUUAAUGCCUGUGUUUCCACGAAUCUCCCGACAUCUGAAUGCCCUCAUUGGAGUAGGGUCAGUGAAAAAUUUCUGGAAGAACAACGUUGACCGGAUGGCUUACCGUGAUGAGUUUGUUGCAGAAUGGAGGAAGCUGAAGCUGGAUGUUGUGCUUUGUCCAGCUUUGGGACCAGCUUUUAAUCUGGGAUAUGCUGGCAAGCUAUUUGUUGCUACUACUUACACACAUUUAUACAACGUCUUGAAUUUUCCGGCUGGAGUUGUACCAGUUUCUACGGUUUCACAGGCAGAUGAGGAAGAGCUGAAGCUUUACAAAGGGCUUUACGGUGACCCCUGGGAUAAGAGAAUGAAGGAGGCUGUGGAAGGUGGUGUUGGACUCCCUGUGGCUGUCCAGUGUGUGGCCUUGCCGUGGCAGGAGGAGCUGUGUCUUCGGUUCAUGAAGGAGGUCGAAACUGUCUCUCAUGAAAGGAGGGGCAGGAGGAAAAUCUGAGCCUGUCAGAAAGGAGCACUGUAUCUGCUAAUAAAAGUGUUUUUGAUUGGCUU